GGCACCUCAACCCUUCUAUCAUACAGUCGAACUGCGCAUAACGAGUCAAAGCCUUCCUAUAGUCCUUCGUCAUGUCAUAACAUACAUGAACCCGCAGCAGCAUGAACUGCAUAACUUUCCUCGAAGGGCAACGCGACUCAGUUGACGCACGAAGACUUAAACUCUCCGACGGCCUCGUGAUCGAACUGGACCUCACCCAUUACGAUCCAUUGCAAAAAUGGGGGACCCACAGGCAGGCAUUGUAGUGUCGAAGACAGGACACUCACUGUGGCACUCCAGGGUUUCCUACUUCAGGACGAGCUCGAGAAUGACUCGCCAUCAACCUUGUGGUCGUUGUAUAUGCAAACUCAUGACUUCCUGGACUGUGCGGGGCGGCGAAUAUAUAAAGGACUUCGGGGGCUGAAGUCCGUGACGAAACGACUUGAACUGCGACAUACGCACAACUACUGACACUCUUUUCUUUGGGAUCAUCCCAUAAACAUUGACCACAAACUAUCCACGGAUUUCGACCUCGCCAUGAUACAGACCUCGGAAAAGCCCUCUACUUCUGCAGCUGCCGGCGCUUCCUCUGAACCAGGAAAGCCCUACGUGCGUCUCGCUCGUCCAGAAGACUAUCCACAGAUCGAAAAAAUGGCUCGACGAGCUUUUAUCAAUGAUCCCAUGCCCAUGUAUCUCGCCGCGAAUCCAUCCCCAAUCACCGCUGAAGACCGUAAAGCAGACGACGUUGAGUCACUGUUCCACUUCCUCAUCGGUAUCGGCCGAUAUUUCGGUGGACGGACGACUGUCGUCGCUAUCCCGACUGCAAACCCCUCGGCGACCGACGGUGCAGCUACAGAGAAAAUCGCCGCAAUGUGCCUUUGGAUGCCACCGAAGUGUCGAGCUAAUCCCUGGAGUACCGUGAAACUGUUCAAGAGUGGGAUCUGGCGACCGUUGAAGGCUUGGGGCCCUAGAAUGAUUAAGAGAUUGGCGUUUGAGUUCGAGGAUAUCGCGAAUACGAAGUUUGGGAGCAUCUUUAAGGAAAAGGGGAAUGGGCAGAAGCCGGAUGAUGCGUGGUAUCUGCAGGUCGUUUGUACGGACCCAGAUGAACAGGGGAAAGGAUUUCUGUCGAUGCUGAUCCGCGAAGGUUUCGCCCAUGCACCUAACGCGAAUUUAUACCUCGAGGCUUCGACCCCGAAAGCUAGAGAUCGUUAUGCGCAUCUCGGGUUCCAGCUCGAGACACCUGCGAGGAUCGGGAAAGGCAGGGCAGAUAGUCUUGGGUAUAAGGCGAAGGGUGAGAAAGCGACUGGGUUCGAUGUCUACCUCAUGGUCAAAUGGGGCCCCUCGUAGCUCCCACCUCUCAGUCUACGGUUCUGACGAGUGCUCCGGUCUUGGAGCACCUGACCGUAGUUGUUUCGCUCUCGUUUCAUUAGCAUCAUAUAUUCUUUACUUUCUUUGAUAUACUCAUUACUCACACAGUUUGUUAACGAUAUAAGCGCAGGAGCGUGUCCUGCGUUUCUGCGCGAAUAACGUCCUGCCACACUCAGAGAUGCCAUCCAACCUUUCCUAUCCAUAGUCGCUCAACAGUCCUUCAUUUCCAAGGAGGAAGGACCGUUGACUUGGCUUGAAGGAAAGUCAGCUUCAGAGUGCGCUCCGAUGGCGAGGGGACUGGUACUCCGUCUUUUUGUGGGCCGUGAAGAAGAGACGUAUUUGGAGGCAUUGAGAGACCGGCUCAACUGUGGCACGGUGCACAUUUGGGGAGGAGCUUGUUCGUGUACAUCGCCUGUUGCACGGCAACAAGGCGCCUCAGGGCGAUGAUCCCAUGGAUCGGGGAGUUCCUUUUGGCUUUCACGGCUGAGACCUGACUGAAAUCUUGAUACUUGAAAUUCGUUUACCUAGGCUGUACACCAUAAACUUCACAUACAAUGAU